AUGGAGGGCGGAGGCGCCGGCACCACCCUCUCUGCAGACUCCCCCGUGCAUGCCGCGGACGCUGGAGAAAAGACAUCUGGUGGCGACGAUCCGGUUCAGACACCCGAGAAAGCAAACGUGCUGGCAGCCGGAGAGGGAAGCGAGGGAGCAGAGAGCGGCGGAAGACGCGAGCUCGUGGAAAACAAAGGCGACACAGAGGGACAAAAGGCGGUGCCUCCCAGCUCUAGAAAUGACGUGAACGACGCGACGGGGGAAACAAAAGCAUUCGAAGAAGGCGAAAAACGGUCUCCUCUGCAGCGGGCGAAGGCAGAAGAAAACACCCCUUCGUUGCACAAAGACCUGGACCGAGAAGGAAGCCGAGAGAGAAGGGAACGCGAUGAACAGAAAGUGCUCAGCGAACCUCCCUCAAACACGAUCGGAGACUCCACCUCUGUGUCACUCUCUUUUUCCUCUUCUCCUUUCCCCUCCACUUCCUCUUCGUCUUCGUCGUUGUCGUCCUCUUCCUUCAUACCUUCAUCGACCGACAUGCCACACGCGCGAAGGUCGACUCUGCCUUGUUUGCCGCCUGCCUUUCCAGCUGGCGACGAGGAGCCCGCGGGCUCUGCGUUCAAGAAGGUUUCUUCUCCGCCUGCGUUUCCGGAUGCAGAUUUCUUCUCGCCGUCCUCCUCUCCGUUUCCCGUGCAGGGCGCUCUUGCUCGCGGCCGCGCCGGUGUACAUACACCGGAGGCAACUCACCGCGACCGCCUUGGUUCCUCGCAGGAGCGCGACGCGCAGCCUCGCGUGCCGGCGAUUCCCCUCUUUCCCGGCUCUGCGUCUUGCGCCGACUCGACAUCUGCCGCUGUCCCAGACGCGUCGCCGUUCGCUGCCUCCGCGCUCGCCGCCGCCUCGCCUUCGCCCGUUGCAUGCGCGAGCAUGGCUUCUCGGGAGUUCCCCGUCCUCGCCGAUCGCGAGGCGACACCCUCCACACGGCCCGGCGGCGCCUCCGCGAGUUUGCCAGGGGUGCGCACCUUCCAGAACUCUGGGCGCAAAGCCGCGGACGGAGACAGUGGAGACAGACGGCGCGACCCGCGAGGAGAGGCUCCAGCCGUGCUCGGUGUUUCCCCAGACGGCGAGGAGAUCGGGACACACGGCGCGCGAGAGGCGGGGAGGCGCGAGACAGUCUUUCCUUCCGACGCCGGAUUCGAUCUCGACACUGUGGCGCAGGAGAGAAGAAAGGGCGAGGAAGAGCGCGAGGAAGAGCGCGAGGCGGGAGAGAGCGCGUGUGUCUUUCCUUCCCAACUGCCUCUCGGGCCUGACGCAUCGUUGCCGGCGCCCCGAGGCGACUUCGCCAGAGGCUGGGAGCCGCCGCCAGUGGCCCACGGCGCGUCGCGAGGCCGCGCCGGCUCAGGUGUAUGUACAGCUGACGCGUCGCGAGACCAGCCCUUUCUGGGCGGUCCCGCGAGAGACGCCGCGGAGCCGGAAGCCUCUUCGCUCUCGCGGCGGAAGUUUGUGCUCAGCGAGGCGGAGUGGCGAACCAAGAUGCCUGCGAACGCACCGGUUCCCCUCCCGCUCCUCACUGCCCCACAACGCAGCGGCAUGCACGCGAGGACAGACCAGGCGACGUCGGACCCAGCCGCCCCCUCCACGAAGAGACAGACAGGAGACACAGGAGACACCGGAGACAGAGGGCGUGCGGAGGGGGACACAGCGAGGAGGGGAGGACCGCUCGAGCGAGAGGGUGAGGUGGGCGAGAAAGAGGACUCGACAGCGGUGCCAGGAGAGAAGAGAGAACGUGAUGGCGGUGUUGCAACGCACGCAGGGAAAGACCGCCAAGACGACAGAGACGAAACGCCGCAUCGACCUGCAGCUGCUUCCUUGGCUUCUUUAUCAGGCGCACGCGGCGGCGCCGGCGAGAGGGGCGUCGACCUGUUUCGUUCUCGGAGUGCCCCAGCGUCUCGGGAGGAAGAGGCGUCUUUCUGGGCUGCGCAGGUGGACGAGGAGCGGAUGUGUCCCUCCUGUGAGGGAACGCGCGCCGUGUCCUUGUCUCUGCCAGCUUUGGGGUUCGCUGCCUGGCCGCUCUUCACGACAGCGACUCUCGCCUCCUCUCUCCACGUCAUUGCGUCGCCCUCUUCGGCCUCGCCGGCUGCGCUUCCGUGGAAGCUCCACUUGUCGUCCUCCGUCUUCAUGUUUGUGCUCGACGGCGCGGGGGUUCUGCAAGUGACCGAGGGAGAGACAGAGCGCGACUUCCCCUUUCAGACGCGCGCGGCGCUGUCCGUGCCGCCUCUAACGCCUUACCGCGUUCUCGCCUCGUCGCCGCAGCCUCUCCUGCUCGUCGUGUGCCAGGCGCCGCCCCCGGACGAGGCAGACGGCUCGCUCAGCACCAGCGGCGUGCGAACGGACGCCGCUCCACCGAGCCGGGGAGACUGA